CUCAGUCAACCGCAAAGCAAAGUCACAUACACUCUCACUCAUUCUCUCUUUUUGACACAGAACCAGAGACGCACGUGACACACACACAUACACACACACUCACAGACACCACUCCUUAGCAUAGCGGGACAAGCAGCUCACAAAUAACAGAGACAUCUACCACUUGGAUUUUAUCAGAGGCUUUAAGAAGAGACCAGACACAGAGGACUGGAGAGAAGAGACCAGACACAGAGGACUGGAGAGAAGAGACCAGACACAGAAGACUGGAGAGAAGAGACCAGACACAGAGGACUGGAGAGAAGAGACCAGACACAGAGGACUGGAGAGAAGAGACCAGACACAGAGGAGUGGAGAGAAGAGAAAGGACACAGAGGACUGGAGAGAAGAGACCAGACACAGAGGACUGGAGAGAAGAGACCAGACACAGAGGAGUAGAGAGAAGAGACCAGACACAGAGGACUGGAGAGAAGAGACCAGACACAGAGGACUAGAGAGAAGAGACCAGACACAGAGGACUGGAGAGAAGAGACCAGACACAGAGGACUGGAGAGAAGAGACCAGACACAGAGGACUAGAGAGAAGAGACCAGACACAGAGGACUAGAGAGAAGAGACCAGACACAGAGGACUGGAGAGAAGAGACCAGACACAGUGGAGAGAAAAAGAGUAGGAAGACAGAGGAAGCCACAGAAAGAGGAAGAGACAAGAGGAACACCAGACCGAAGUCCCAGUGACUCAGGCUCUACACUGAAGACUUCUAGAUCCUGAACCUGGGUUAUCAAGGAGCCUCCGUCCUCCUCCCAGCCCCCAAGCCCCCUGUGUGUGUGUGUGUGUGUGUGUGUGUGUGUGUGUGUGUGUGUGUGUGUGUGUGUGUGUGUGUGUGUGUGUGUGUGUGUGUGUGUGUGUGUGUGUGUGUGUGUGUGUGUGUGUGUGUGUGUGUGUGCGUGCGUGCGUGCGUGUGCGUGCGUGUGUGUGUGUCCCAGUCCACCAUGCUGUGGACUGUUCCCCUAGCUGUGCUGGUUCUCCUCUUACUGCAGACCCAGCUAUGUGUCUGUCUACGGGGGCUCCGAGCAGCCGGCUCUUCCUCCUCUCGCUCUCGUAACGCCACCCAGCAGCGCCUGCCUGGAGCCGUCAUCAUCGGCGUGCGUAAAGGUGGCACCAGGGCCCUUCUAGAGAUGCUCAACCUCCAUCCGGACGUAGAGGUUGCCAAAGCUGAGGUGCACUACUUCAACGUGGAAGAGCACUUCCAGAGGGGGCUGGCGUGGUACCGUGCCCAGAUGCCCUUCACCCUGCCUGGACAGCUGACGGUGGAGAAAACCCCUGGAUACUUUGCCUCUCCCCACGUCCCAGUGCGGGUCUGGGAGAUGAAUCCUGCCGUCCGACUGCUGCUGAUAGUCCGCGACCCCGCCGAGCGCCUCGUCUCCGACUAUACCCAGGUCCUUCAUAACCGCGUGACCCGCCACAAGCCCUACCAGCCUCUAGAGGAGUUGCUGCUCCGGCAGGGCCACAUCGACCCGGCCUACAAGGCUCUGCAGAGGAGCCUGUACCACCAGCACCUGGCCCGCUGGCUGGAUGUGUUCCCCAGGGAGCAGGUCCAUGUGGUGGAUGGAGAGGCCCUCAUCAGACACCCCUACCCGGAGCUCCGCAGGGCUGAGAGGUUCCUGGACCUUGCCCCGCGCAUUGCUCCCUCCAACUUCUACUUCAACACCACUAAAGGGUUCUACUGCCUCCUCUCUGCCGGGGGACAUGACAAGUGUCUGGAUGAGUCCAAGGGGAGGCCCCACGCUCCUCUCAGCCCACAGGCCUUCAGGAAGCUGUGUGGAUACUUCAGAGAACCCAACAGGCUGUUCUUUGAGAUGGUGGGGCGCUCCUUCAGCUGGUGUUGAACUGAUUGGGACAGAGCACAGAGAGAGGAGAUAGAGAGGGUACAUUGGAGAUAUUGGCCCAUAAUAACAAUAUUUGUUAUCAGUGUGAUAAUUCUGAUAGUUCAAUUCCCACUGGGGUCUGGUAUGGAAAGAAAAUGCAUGCACUCACAACUGUAAUACGCUGUGGAUAAGAGUAUUUGCUAUAUGACUAAAAAGGAUUGGUUGGAUGUUUUAAUUUGUGUUUAUUGAUGGGUGAGUGGGUAGAUUAAUCAGUUUCAGGUAGAUGAGAGAUGUGAGGACUACUGCUGCACACAUAGGACUUUAGAGAUCUCUGUGUUUUAAAUGUACUGUCAAUGAGCUUCUGGAAGCCAGGCUGAAACCCUGGGAGUAAGCAGCAUCCCAAGCAAAGACUGUAUAAGAUGACAAGCCCUCAAUGAGGGACACACACAUGAUGUGCAUAUUCAAUAUGGCUGCUCCACCCAUCACAGAUUAGAACCAUGACUUGAAUACGAGACCAUUCUAGUGAUUCAAUGUUUAUGCUACUACCUGCUGGAGAACAUGAACUGAAGUGUACGUUCUGUGAUACUGUAUACCUGGUGGUCCUAAUACUUCCUGAUCAUCACUCCUCCUGGUCAUCACUCCUCCUGGUCAUCACUCCUCCUGGGCAUCAUUCCUCCUGGUCCUAACACUUCCUGGUCAUCACUCCUCCUGGUCAUCACUCCUCCUGGUCAUCACUCCUCCUGGUCAUCACUCCUCCUGGUCAUCACUCCUCCUGGUGACGUGAGCCUUUGCUUCCAGGGAUGAACACUGUCUGAUGCACAAACUGCCAUCAAAUCAAGUGUCAGAAAGGAACUACAAUAACCUGUGCCAUACAAUUGUAUCAUGAACAAUCAGGACGCAUAUAUAACUCUUGAAAUACAAUAUCUGUAGCUCCUGCUUCGUACUUUUGACGUUCAUUAAAAUGAGUUCUAGAACAGACACUGUUAAAACCUUAAAAGGAUCGUCCCCUUUUUUUUAAUUUAAAUUUUCAUCGAAAAUUACGUACCCAAAUCUAACUGCCUGUAGCUCAGGACCUGAAGCAAGGAUAUGCAUAUUCUUGAUACCAUUUGAAAGGAAACACUUUGAAGUUUGUGAAAAUGUGAAAGGAAUGUAGGAGAAUAUAACACAUUAGAUCUGGUAAAAGAUAAUACAAAGAAAUGUACCAUCAUCUUUGAAAUGCAAGAGAAAGGCCAUAAUGUACUAUUCCAGCCCAGGUGCAAUUUAGAUUUUGGCCACUAGAUGGCAUCAGUGUAUGUGCAAAGUGUCUGACUGAUCCAAUGAACCAUUGCAUUUCUGUACAAAAUGUUGUAUCAAGACUGCCCACAUGUGCCUAAUUUGUUUAUUAAUAACAUAUCAUGUUCAAAACUGUGCACUCUCCUCAAACGAUACCAUGGUAUUCUUUCACUAUAAUAGCUCAUGUAAAUUGGACAGUGCAGUUAGAUUAACAAGAAUUUAAGCUUUCUGCCAAUAGCAGAUAUGUCUAUGUCCUGGGAAUUGUUCUUGUUUCUUACAACCUCAUGCUAAUCGCAUUAGCCUAUGUUAGCUCAACCUAUCCCGCAGGGGACCCACAAAUCCUGAAGAAGUUUUUAAAAGAAACAGUUCCAGAAUGGACUCUGUUAGAAUAAAUGUAUGAGUGUACAGAAGAAUGUUUUGAAAUGAGAUUGGGGCAACUAUGAACUGAUGUGAUUCUUUGCACUAUGAACUGAUGCUUAAAUGCAUAAAAGGUCAGUCUAUACAGUAUAUGUGGAACUACUGUAGCAAUAUGAAGCUCGUUCAACUGCUUACCAUUUUCACUGAACUGUUUACCAUUGUACAAAGUAUGCAAAAGAAUGUCCUCAUCUAGAUAAUUAUGUUUGCUUCUUAGUGUUAUUGUGUUACUAGUGUUACUCUCAUAUUUGACUUUAACAUAUUCAAUAGAAAUGUAUUUUUCU